AUGUCCGGACUUCAGCGCCGUCGCGUCAACAAAAGUGACUCCGACUAUUCAUCAAACUUUAACAGCAACAACAAUAAUACUACCACCAAUGAGGAAGAUGAAAGUGUUAACAAAAAAAUAGCUUACGACCCGGAAGAGGUGAGCUUGAAGAAUAACAAUACCGUUCCUAAACUUACAUUAAUGGAGGAAGUGUUGUUAAUGGGCCUGAAGGAUAAGGAGGGCUAUUUAUCUUUCUGGAACGACAAUAUUUCGUAUGCAUUACGCGGAUGCAUUUUGAUUGAAUUGGCGUUACGGGGGAAAAUUCAAGUGGUCAACGACCCAGCCAGGAAGCGGUUCGACGUGUCCGAAAGACUUGUAGAAGUUAUAAACGGUACUAAAACGGGUGAGGUAUUGCUAGAUGAGGCCCUCAACCUAAUGAAAAACGACGAGCCUUUAACAAUCGCCAACUGGAUUGAUUUGCUCAGCGGUGAAACUUGGAAUUUUAUGAAGAUCAGCUACCAGCUGAAACAGGUGCGCGAAAGACUGGCUAAAGGCCUCGUCGACAAAGGCGUGUUGAGAACAGAAAUGAAGAACUUUUUUCUGUUUGAUAUGCCAACUCACCCAGUAGUCGACUCCAGCUGCAAGGAAGCCAUCAAACGUAGAAUACUAUCAGUUUUGGUUUCCAGAAACAUGCAGCUCAAUACUAACGAAUACUUCCCCAGCACCGUAUCGUUUAAGCUUAUAAGAACAUUGUCUCUGAUCUGUGGGGCUUACGGUGCCAAUGUCUUAGAGAAUGUGUUGUCGAGUCUUGACUACGAAAAGAGAGACCAUGCAUUCGCCCGCGCUGAUGAACUACUAGCGCAAUUUUCUCAGUCUCCUUUCGCGUUGGAUAAACAAACGGAAACAGGUAUUUCUGUCAAUUUAAACAAAGAUGCUAAGGAAGAAGUUGCAGAGUUUCCGGAGGCAAGUCUACGACUAGAAGUUGUUUCUGGUGUAUUUGAGGUAUUCUCUAGAAUGGACACUUUAUUAUGA